CUGCCUAAGAAUUUUGCCUGGACUUUGGGAUCUCGGCUCUCCUGAUCAUGCUCCUGUUUGGCUUUUUGCUCUGGGCCAUCCUGCUAAUCAUGGGCUGGCAGCCGUCCUACUCCAAGGAUUACCUAUUUGCUGCUCCAAGAGUGCAGCUCUCUUUCAAAGAGCUCAAGGCCACUGGCACUGCUCACUUCUUCAACUUCCUGCUCAACUCAACAGACUAUCGUAUCCUCCUGAAGGAUGAAGAUCACGAUCGCAUGUAUGUGGGGAGCAAAGACUACAUACUGUCUCUGGACCUUCAUGACAUCAAUCGGGAGCCCCUAAUUAUUCACUGGCCUGCAUCCCAACAAAGAAUAGAGGAGUGUAUCCUAUCAGGGAAGAACAGCAAUGGUGAGUGUGGCAACUUCAUCCGCCUUAUCCAGCCCUGGAAUCGAACCCAUCUGUAUGUGUGUGGCACUGGGGCAUACAAUCCCGUUUGCACCUUUGUCAAUCGGGGCCGUAAAGCACAGGCUUUUGAGCUGAACCAGUCCAUCCAGCAGGGAGGACGGGGAAGUAGAGCAGUUGACUCCUCUCUCCACCCGUCUCCAGUGGAACGCAAGGAUUACAUAUUCUAUGUGGAACCACAGACGCUGGAGUCAGGGAAAGGGAAAUGCUCUUAUGAUCCAAAGGUGGACACCGUGUCAGCAUUAAUCAAUGAAGAACUCUAUGCAGGUGUCUACAUUGACUUCAUGGGCACUGAUGCUGCCAUCUUCCGUACCAUGGGCAAACAGACUGCCAUGAGGACUGACCAGUACAAUUCCCGCUGGCUAAAUGAUCCAGCAUUUAUUCAUGCACAGCUCAUCCCAGACAGUGCUGAGCGGAAUGAUGAUAAGCUCUACUUCUUCUUCCGAGAGAAAUCCACUGAUGCUCCACAGAGCCCUGUUGUCUACUCCCGCAUUGGUCGCAUUUGCCUGAAUGAUGAUGGAGGCCACUGCUGCUUGGUUAAUAAGUGGAGUACAUUCCUGAAGGCGCGACUUAUUUGUUCUGUGCCAGGGCCUGAUGGGAUUGAAACACAUUUUGAUGAACUCCAGGAUGUCUUCAUCCAGCAGACCCAGGAUGUGAAGAACCCCAUCAUUUAUGCUGUUUUUGCUGCUUCUGGGUCUGUAUUUAAAGGCUCUGCUGUGUGUGUCUACUCCAUGGCAGACAUCCGUAUGGUCUUCAAUGGACCUUUUGCACACAAGGAAGGCCCCAACUACCAGUGGAUGCCUUACACAGGAAAAAUGCCCUAUCCUCGACCUGGCACUUGCCCUGGAGGGACAUUCACUCCUUCGAUGAAAUCAACCAAGGAUUACCCUGAUGAGGUUAUCAAUUUCAUGCGCACUCAUCCCAUGAUGUACAAUGGUGUGUACCCCAUACACCGCCAGCCACUAGUGGUGAGGACCAACGUCUACUACAAGUUCACAACGAUUGCCGUGGAUCAGGUGGAUGCAGCUGAUGGGCGCUAUGAGGUGCUUUUCCUGGGCACAGAUCAAGGCACAGUACAGAAGGUUAUAGUUCUGCCCAAAGAUGACAUGGAAACGGAGGAACUGAUGCUGGAAGAGGUGGAGGUGUUCAAGAUUCCAGUCCACAUCAAGACCAUGACUAUCUCUUCAAAAAGGCAACAGCUCUAUGUGUCUUCAGCCAUUGGGGUGACACACUUGGCUCUUCAUCGCUGUGAUGCAUAUGGGGAAGCCUGCGCUGACUGCUGCCUGGCCAGGGACCCCUACUGUGCCUGGGAUGGCAAGUCCUGCUCCAGAUACUCUGCUUCCUCCAAGAGGCGGAGCAGACGUCAGGAUGUCCGGCAUGGCAACCCUAUCCGUCAGUGCAGGGGCUUCAAUGCCAAUGCCAGCAAGAACACAGUAGAAGCUGUCCAGUAUGGGGUGGAGGGAAGCACAGCCUUCCUGGAGUGCCAGCCACGCUCUCCUCAGGCCUCCAUCAAAUGGCUGCUCCAGAAGGACAACAGUGACCGAAGGAAAGAGCUGCGCACUGAAGGACGGGUGCUGAGGACAGAUCAGGGGCUGCUAUUGCGGUCCUUGCAGCUCUCAGAUGGAGGCCUGUAUUCCUGCACAGCCACUGAAAACAACUUCAAGCACACAGUGGCCAAAGUGCAGCUACAUGUAUUGAGUAGUGAAACCAUCCAUGCUGUGCUUUUCCAGUCAGAAGCUCCUGUUCCUUCCGCGGCAGCCAUGCGAGCUGGCCUGCCAGGCACCUUCAGCUCCCACUACCAUGAUCUGGUGCAGCUGCUUACCCAGCCUGAGAUGGGACUCAUCAACCAGUACUGCCAGGGCUACUGGCGGCACGUGGCCUCCAGCCACAAGGAGACUCUGGCUGGCCUCAAAGCCAAGGAGUUGCAUGACCAGAAGAAGCCGCGGAAUCGCCGGAACCACCAACCAGAUACAGAUCAGCAUACAUGAAACAGACCAAGGGACUUUGUAAUGACAGUGCUUUAUUUCCCCCCAUUUUAAUAUUAAAAUAUCUAUAAAUAUAUAUAUAUAUAUAAAUAUAUAUAUAUAUAUCUACACAAACAUGCCGUGCUCCCCCUCAAGACAGUAUUUAUUUGUAGGUUGUACAUAAUCUUUGGGCGAUGCAGCGAGGAGCUUGGAGGCGUCCUCUCUGGCAGCUUGCUCUUCCUUCCCCCUUUUUAUCUUCAGUACUGUAAAAAAAAAAAAAACCCUCUUGUGGGGGGAUUAAGGAGAAGGGGACAUCUUUUACACGCCAGCCCAAAGCACACAUGGGAAAGGGGAGGGGCAGGGAUAGCCAGAGAAACUAAUAAUAAGGCCUGUGCCUUGCUAGCUUUGUGGAACAAAACCUUCUUUCAUGGAACCUGUGACUCCUGAAUGGCUGAUUAGAAGCCUUCCAGCCUAAGUCAUCAUGCGUAAACUGGGAUUUUUGUGCUACCAUCAUUGAAAGCGUUCCUACUUGGUAAAAAUAAAGGCUGCUGUGACACACCAAGCAGAUUGAAGAUUAGAGCCCUGUGAGACACAGGGAGUCUCAUACCCCUGCCAGCACUCCCACCAGAGGCACUCAUGAACUCCUGCUAUGCCUACAAAAACUUUAACAUCUUUUCAUUUCCUCCAUACAUUUCUCUGGUUCAAAGGAGUCUAUGAGGGGACUAUCCAGUGUCAAGUUAAUGGGGGGCUACACUAUGUAAUGAGCUGGACGAAUUUAAGGGAGAAGGAAAUAUCAUGGAUAUGCACAUAUCAUCUAUGGUGCUCCUACACUGGAGCAAGCGAAUACCACCAGUAGGAAGUUGAAGAGCAGUGUUGUGGUUGUUAAUGAUUCAGUCUUUGCAGCAUGGGUAGCAUGCUUCUACAAGAAGUGCAUUCUUCGAAAGUCUCUAUAUAAGGGUAGUAGAUGAACCAUGACAAUAGAUAAGACCCAAGGGUGGCUGUAUGUAUCAUUUUGUGAAUAUGACUAUGAUCCUAGGAACCCAGCUUUGCUAGGCCACUUUGCCUGAUGGCUCAGGGCCCAUGUGUGAGGGCCUCAUCCAAAUGUGUUAUGCCAGGGAGAUGUAAUGUACAUAUUAACCAAAGCUACUCUCCCAUAGUGCAUGCACCAGAAACUUUCGAGGUCAAAGAUGGCAUGGGAAUUGAACGGGUUUAGAUAUCAGCUGGAUAGCCAUCAGAACACUUGGCUUCUCUGCUGGCCUAUGGAUGACGCAGUGCCUCAGUUUCCUUACCUGGUUAUUUAUUAUAAUUUAUAUUAAUUUGCUCACUGCAAUUGUAGAUCUUCAAUCCAUUAGCACCAAACUAUGCAGUACAAGCCUAGGAAAGAUGGGUCAGUCAGGUCUCAAAUAUCUGUAUGCCUCUGUAAAGGAUCUUAUGGCAUUUUCAUCACUGUUCAGUACCCCCCCCCCACACACACACACUCCAUUUUUCAUUGUGGUAAGAAAGGACAGCACAUUGCUAUGCCACACAACAUUAAAAUCAAGAAUACAAUAACAUUGUUUGGGUGUGGUGUAGGGUUUAUGAAUCCCAUUGUACAGGUAAGAAUUUGCUCAACAGAUGUUCUUGAAAUUAAUUUCUUUUGGAAAAUGCAGAAGGAAUUAUGGUUCAUGUCUGUGUUUUGGAACAGUGUAAGAGGAUAAGUGUCAGCGCUGAAGCAUGGAAAAGCCUUCACAGAAAGUGGGAUUUAUUUGCAUGCUUACUUGUGUGCAUGGACUCUAGCAAGCUUGGGCAACUCAUGAAAAGUAUUUUGUAUACAAUGCAAAGAAGUAGAAUAUGGUAAAGGAUAUAACCAGGCUUUAUGUAAGCCAGGCUUGUCAAGGUGGAUGACAGGUAUGUAGGAAAUAAAGAACAGAGUGCUUCUGA